ACCCCCGGCCCGCCUCCCCGAGGUCGAGGCGCUCCUGGCGCCCUUCCAGGCUCGUGCGGUGUGAUCGGCGACUCAGGGCCGCGCAGGGUCCGCGCGGGAGCUCAGAGGUGCGGCCGGCAUGGAGACGCUGUUGCUGGGCGCGGGCUUGCUGCUGGGCGCCUACGUGCUGGUCUACUACAACCUGGUGAAGGCCCCGCCGUGCGGCGGCCUCGCCAGCCUCAGAGGCCGCACGGCCGUGGUCACCGGCGCCAACAGCGGCAUCGGGAAGAUGACAGCGCUGGAGCUGGCGCGCCGGGGAGCGCGCGUGGUGCUGGCCUGCCGCAGCCGCGAGCGGGGCGAGGCCGCCGCCUUCGACCUCCGCCAGGCGAGUGGGAACAAUGAGGUCAUCUUCAUGGCCUUGGACUUGGCCAGUCUCGCCUCCGUGCGGGCCUUUGCCACUGCCUUCCUGAGCUCUGAGCCACGGCUGGACAUCCUCAUCCACAAUGCUGGGAUCAGUUCCUGCGGACGGACCCGCAAGCCCUUUAACCUGCUGCUGCGGGUGAACCACGUCGGCCCCUUCCUGCUGACACAGCUGCUGCUGGCCAGGCUGAAGACAUGUACUCCCAGCCGCGUGGUGGUGGUAUCCUCAGCGGCCCACCGGCGCGGGCGUCUUGACUUCACACGCCUGGACCGCCCCGUGGUGGGCUGGCGGCAGGAGCUGCGGGCAUAUGCCGACAGUAAGCUGGCCAACGUAUUGUUUGUCCGAGAACUCGCCACCCAGCUUGAGGGCACUGGUGUCACCUGCUAUGCAGCUCACCCAGGACCUGUGAACUCGGAACUGUUCCUGCGCCACGUUCCGAGAUGGCUGCGCCCACUUUUGCGCCCACUGGCUUGGCUGGUACUGCGGGCACCAAGAGGGGGUGCCCAGACACCCCUGUAUUGUGCUCUACAGGAGGGCAUUGAGCCCCUUAGUGGGAGAUACUUUGCCAACUGCUGUGUCGAAGAGGUGACCCCAGCUGCCCGAGACGACCGGGCAGCCCAUCGACUAUGGGAGGCCAGCAAGAGGCUGGCAGGGCUGGGGUCCUGGGAGGAUGCUGAACCCAAUGAAGACCCGCAGCUUGAGGACCUAGGAGCCCCAUCUUCUCAGGGCAGCUCCCUCCCUGAGAAGCCCACAGUUUCUGAACCCUUUCCUGGCCCUCAGAGCUCACCAGGCUUGUCUAAGUUUACACGCCGAAUUCCAGUUAAAGCUGAGCCUGAGACCCAAGUCUCGUAACUCCCAGACCAGGAUGCUUUCCACGGCUCUCUGUAGUCCAUGAAAACCCCAGCCAGGCCAUGCUUUAGGCACUGAGGCGGUUGAGGUUUUUACCUCCAUUCUUCCUUUCUGGGGCCUCAAGCUGUGUCCUGGACAGCCCUGUUCCUGGUGGAAGGAAAUAGUGGGUGAUUGCUUCUUCCUGAGGAUUACAGUGACCCUAGAGUCAGGGAUGGGGGUGGGGGGUAGUGUGCCGGGCACUGUACUUUGGGGAAUUUGAAUUUCCAGGCCCCAUCCUCAAAUUCUGAUCAGCUCCUGAAUCAGAGCCUGGGAAUUUGUCAUUUGAUACACUACCGGCAUUAAAAUUACUGAGGGCCCUCUGCAACCAUACAGCUGGGAAGUUAUAAUUAGCCCCAUUUUACAGAGUGGGAAUUAGGCUCCAGAGAUAAGGGACUGACUCAAGAUCUCACCGCUAGUAAGAGGAGGGGCUGAGAUGUGAACCCAAGCGGUUCGGCUCCGAGGCCGGUGCUGGAUGGUUAGGCAGGGCAGGACAGCUGUCAUCGCGGCAGCCCGUGGGAGCAGAGGGAGCCUUUCCCGGGUGCCUUACGCUGGGCCGGCGAACUGGACCUCCUUGUGGCAAGGCGGAGCGACUGCCGAGGCGCGCGCGUCCCUGCCGCACUCAACAUGCCGGCCCCGCCCUCCGCCGCCACACUUCCGGCGG